ACAGAUUAUUUCAAGGUCUUUGCACCUCUGGCCGAUGGGAGGACACUGAGCGUUUGUUAACUAUAAUAUAUUAGUUGAUGCAUACUGCAAAGAAGGGAGGACAACACAUGCAGAAGAUGUGAUUGAAAUUAUGAUCCAGAAAGGUGUGCCUCCUGAUUCAAUCACAUACAAUGCGCUGAUGGAUGGUUAUUGUUUAACAGGCAAAAUGGACAGGGCACUAGAGGUGCUGAAUACCAUGAGGAGUAAUGAGAUAUGGCCAGACUGUUAUAGCUAUAACAUUCUGAUAAAUGGCUAUUGUAAGAGGCAGGAACUAGACAAAGCCAUCAGUCUCCUCAGACAAAUGUCUGCUCAAGGUCUGAAACCUGAAGUUGAAACCUACAACUACAAUACACUGAUGCAUGGUCAGACGGGUAGACAUGCUGAGGUGCACAACCUUUUCUGUGAAAUGUUAAAAGAAGGUAAUAAACCAGAUAUCGUAACAUGUCGAAUUCUUUUGGACGGCCUUUGCAAGAACCAAUAUAUGAAUGAAGCAAUUUCCUUCUUUCGAUUGAUGGAAUGUAAAGGCAUUGUUCAUGAUAUUCAUAUACAUACCAUCCUCAUUGAUGGUCUCUGCAAGAGCAGAAAACUUGAAGAGGCCAGAAAUAUUUUUGAUAAGCUUGCUUUGAGAGGUUUGCAACCCAUUGUCAUAACACACAACAUAAUGAUCAAAGGACUUUGUCAAGAAGGGUUGUUUGAGGAAGCCAAGGAAUUAUUUUCUAAAAUGGAAACGAGUAUUUGUUUGCCUGAUGAUGUGACUUAUAAUACGAUCAUCCGUGGAAGUCUUUUGAAUAAAAGAUAUGAAGAAGCAGCUGUACUGAUAGAGAACAUGCGAGCUCGUAAAUUCUCAGAAGAUGCAUCUACCACAUCCAUGGUACUAGACCUAUUAUCUAAAGAAGAACAAGACCCCUCUGUUCUUGCUUUUUGCCAAUGGUUUUUGGAAUAUAAAACUAUUUACAUUUACCACCUACUCAAUUUCUCAGCAUCCCAUUUCUGCGCAUUGCAGCUCAGAGAGGCUUCAGCAAUGGCUGUCAAGAGAGGAGCUCUUCUCAUAAUGACUUGUUUCAGCUUAAGGCCUCUCAGUGUAAGAAGCCCUUGUUCUCUUUUAUCCUCUCUUUUUCAUUCUCAUUUUCUUCCUUUCUCUACUAAACCUAACCCUAAUUCACAACCCAAAGCCCCAUUUAUUCCUUCUCCAUCCACCACCCAUCCCGAGCUAAAACAAUUACUCUAUCAUAAAUCUAAGCUUGGUUUUGAUAAACUCCACGAUGCUCUUCUUGUGUUCGAUCAAAUGCUCCUUCUAAAAUAUAGGCUUUCUGUUGUGGAUUUCACACAACUGUUAACCGCCCUGGUUCGAAUGGAAGAGUACUCAGUUGCCGUCUCCAUGUUUAGAGAAUUCCGUGUUUUAAGCAUUCCUGUUAAUAUUGUUACCUUUACUACUGCCAUACAUUCAUGUUGUCAUUUGAACACACUUGAUUAUGCCUUUUCAUUGCUUGCUGUAAUCAUCAAGAGUGGUCAUGUCCCCAAUGUUGUGACCUACAACACUCUCAUCAAGGGCCUUCUAUCUCAAGACAGGCCUUUGGAGGCCGGGGAUUUGUUUAAGAAGCUUAUCAUGUUUCAAGAAAUUCAGCCCAAUGUAGUUAUGUAUAACACCAUCAUUGAUGGUCUCUGCAAGACUUCAAAUACCUCCAUGGCUCUCAAGUUGUUAAGAAAGAUGGAGGAGAUAGGUUGUAACCCCGAUGUGGUAACUUAUACCUCCAUCAUUGAUGGUCUCUGCAAAACUUCAAAUACCUCCAUGGCUCUCAAGUUGUUAAGAAAGAUGGAGGAGAUAGGUUGCAGACCCAAUAUUGUAACUUAUUCCUCGAUUAUUGAUUCUUUGUGCAAAGAGAGACGAGUCGAUCAUGCAUUGGUUCUUGUGUCUGAAAUGACCGACAAAGGCAUAUCACCUAAUGUUAUAACCUAUAGCACGCUACUUCAAGGUCUUUGCAGCUCUGGCCGAUGGGAGGACACUGAGAGUUUGUUAACUGAGAUGGGUGUUAGGAAGAUCUCUCCAAACUUGCACACCUAUAAUAUACUAGUUGAUGCAUACUGCAAAGAAGGGAGGACAACAGAUGCAGAGGAUGUGAUUGAAAUUAUGAUCCAGAAAGGUGUGCCUCCUGAUUCAAUCACAUACAAUGCGCUGAUGGAUGGUUAUUGUUUAACAGGCAAAAUGGACAGGGCACUAGAGGUGCUGAAUACCAUGAGGAGUAAUGAGAUAUGGCCAGACUGUUAUAGCUAUACCAUUCUGAUUGAUGGUCUCUGCAAGAACAAAAAACUUGACGAGGCCAGAAAUAUUUUUGAUAAGCUUGCUUCGAGAGGUUUGCAACCUGGCGUCAUAGCACACAACAUAAUGAUCAGAGGACUUUGUCAAGAAGGGUUGUUUGAGGAUGCCAAGGAAUUAUUUUCUAAAAUGGAAACGAGCAUUUGUUUGCCUGAUGAUGUGACUUAUAAUACUAUCAUCCGUGGAAGUCUUUUGAAUAAAAGAUAUGAAGAAGCAGCUGUACUGAUAGAGAACAUGCGAGCUCGUAAAUUCUCAGAAGAUGCAUCUACCAGAUCCAUGGUACUAGACCUAUUAUCGAAAGAAGAACAAGACCCCUCUGUUCUUGCUUUCUGCAAAUGGUUUUUGGAAUAGGUACUGAAUUUUAUGAUUCAUUGUUAUGUAUUGUCAUCUUUUAACUUAAUUCUGCUAUAGUAAUAUGUUUUGCUGAGCAAAGACUCAUUCAAAUUAGCAUGUAAGGGGUUCCAUCAGUUUGUUAAGAGCUAAUAGGCAAAAGAUUUGUAUAACUACAUUUCUGUAUAUGUAUGCAUGAGUUAUGUGUUGCUUUGAU